AUGGUUGAUAUUAGUUUGGAACUGAACCGAUCGGAUUAUAUUGACGUACGCUUGACAGAAACAGAAUUGAAAGAAGAAGUCACAAUGAAGCUGUGUGAGAUUUGUUGUCGUACUUUCUCAAAUAGCAAUGCUCUUCGUUUACAUCAGGUUAAGACACACAGUCUUGUUCGUGGAGAAUCUGAUUUUGCGCUAUUUCAUCGGAGACGGGUUUCUAAAGAUCCUAAACGACAUUACUACUGCCCUAUUGUCGGUUGCAAAUAUAAUAAUUGCAGCUAUUUCGAUUCUUAUAAACUUCUUCAUCAACAUUUUCUAAAGGUCCAUGGUGAAAAGCAUCUAAGAAGAAAAAUCUCUAUGCCUGUCAUCGUCAAUUUCAAAAUUAAUCGGACUGAUUGGACGUCUCAUCUCAGAAGAGUUUGUUCUGAGCCAAAUCAUCGAGUAAAUAAAAGCGUUCAAACGAAUGACAUGAAUACUUAUUAUCAUAAUUCAUUUUUGCAACAUGCGAGUUCUCAAACUACACAGCGAACCAACUACGAUUUCUAUCCUGCGGUUUUGCAUGAGUACUGCGAUUUUGAUUGUCAAGCACAAAUUGCUAGUGGAGUGGAAUUCGGUACACAGAUCACUCCCUCAGAUAUGCUCAAUGAAGAUUUAAAUACUAAGCAAAGUAAGGCGCACGACGAUUUUGAGUUCGAAGACAUUUGGCGUAAUAAUGAAACUCAGACUUCUGUCUUUACUGGAAAUGACGUGUUAACACAAACAGCUACAGACUUGAUGGAUGGAUGGAGCAUGACCGACUGGGACUUUCUAAUCUAA